AUGCCGCCCAAGAAGGGGAAGAAGGGGAAGAAGAAGACGCCCGCGCAGCUCGAAGAGGAGCGGCGCAAGGCCGAGGAGGAAGCGCGGCGCCUGGAGGAAGAGCGCCUCCGCCUCGAGGAAGAGGAGCGGUUGCGUCUCGAGGAGGAGGAGCGCAAGCGGCAGGAGCUCAUCGCCGCACAGCAUGCAGCCGAGGACGCGCGGAUCACCGAGGAGCUCGCGAGCCUCGAGGACUUCUUCCGCGAGGUGAAGCGCGAGAGGGCCGCGGCCUCGGAGCGGCGCGAGAAGCAGCGCGCGUGGGAGCACGCCCGCAGCUGCACGCACCUCCCGCUGGCGUCGUCGCGCGCCGAGCUGAACACGCACGAGGCGCACGCGCUGUCGCACGAGCCGAAGAACGUCGACGAGAUGCUCGCGCUCGCGGGCGACCACGAGGUCCUCAUCACGGACCUCGAGAACCAGCGGCAGCUCUGCCUGCAGGAGUUUGACCUGGCGCGCGCCGAGGAGGCGGCGCAGUACAUGCACCGCUUCCACGACCACCUCUCCAGCAUACUCGACCGGGCGGCGGCGUACGUGCUGUGGCGGGCGGACGAGCUGACGGUGGACCAGGAGGAGAAGACGAUCUCGGUGGCGCACACGCACGACGAGAUCCGGUUUGGCAUGUGGUGCAACCUGACCAAGAACCCCCGCAUCAAGGCGAUCACGUGGCCGUCGAUCGGCGUGAACCUCGAGGUGCCCAAGCAGAUCACGCUGCAGAUGCUCGGCAUGCGCUGCAUCCACGUCCCCACCGACCACCACUUCUCCGCGUGCACCAACAAGUACAUGGCCCUGGGGGGGGUGCUGGGCAUCGACCUCGUCGCCCUGCACGCGCCCGCGAAGAACCUCGCCGGGUGGACCAUCCGCACGGUCACGCCCGCCAUGACCUCCACCACCAAGCUUCCGUACCCGUCGGCGUCGAGCACGGCGGACGGCGCGGAGCCCCCCAACACGACCGUGACGUGGGCGCUCCCGGAGGGGACCGUCGUGGACGAGAACCUGCCGGCGGUGGGCGGCGUGUGGGACUUUGAGCAGAAGUGCUGGCGCACGGACUGGGUGAAGAGCGCCUCCGUGGACCGCGAGGCGCGCACGGUCACCCUCACCGUCGUGGCCUCAGGGCCCAUGGCGCUCCUGCAGGAGCGCACGCGCGUCCUGCCGUUCGACCGGUGGCACCUCCGGCCGACGGGCGGGCGCGGCUCCAACACGGCCGCGCUCACGGUGUACGCCAAGGGCCUCGCGGAGCCCAUUGAGUUUGGCAUCGGGGAGGGCAGCGCGUGGGUCGCGGGGCCGGAGGACCUCCCCGCGAUCAAGCCGCUCCUGGGCGUCCGCACCACGCCGCGGCAGCUCCUCCUCCUGCUCUCGCGCGCGGGCCUGCACCUCCUCCCGGAGGAGCGCGACGCCGAGUUCGUCGAGGGCGUCGAGAUCAAGGACCCGGAGGUGGAGCGUGCGAUGUGCGAGGACCUGGCGCUGCUGUGCGGGGCCUUCAUCGUGGGGUCGUCGCGGUGGAACAAGGUCGCAGGGAAGGACCGGUGCAUGGCGCGGGCGUCGGAGAUCGUGGACUGGGAGGGCGAGGGGAGGACGGAGCGGAAGGAUGCGGACCGCGUGCUGAGCAAGGAGAAGAUGGACCGCCCCACGCGCCCCCUGUGCCUCAUGCGCCGCGGGGCCAAGGGCGUGUGCUUCGUCGACGCGCUGGACAAGGCCGUCGAGUUCCAGAAGUGGGAGCCGCCGCAGCCGGAGCCGGAGCCGGAUCCGGCGGGUGAGGUGCCGCCUGGCACCGCGAACACCGCUGCGACGGGUUCCGCGGCGGGGCAGGAGGACGAGCUGCCCCCCGUGGUGGAGAUGCCGGACUGGUGCCGCGACGAGAUCGCGCACGACGUGGUGCCGUACGGGAACGAGCAGCUCUACGACUCCCCGUACGGCGAGGUGCACGCGUGCGCGCUGGCGCUCCUGCGCGGCAUCACGACGGAGCGCGUCCUGGACGUGGAGGGCAACGCGGAGGUGUGCGAGCGGCUGAAGGCGUCCCCGGAUGCGCUGGACCUGGCCAUGCGCACCAGCCCGCUUUUGACGCAGGCGGCCGCGCAGCUGAUGCUCGCGCUUCGCCUGUUCAGCUUCGGGUAG